AUGGAUGCGGGUGAAAAGCAGGGUGCGUUCCCCGUCUCUUGUGCAGAUGGGAAGGUAUCCGAUAUUCCAAGGCCUGCCUCAAUCGAAGACUUCGUUGUUUUGAAGCCCAUCAGCCGUGGUGCCUUUGGAAAGGUUUACCUUGCACGGAAGAAGAGCAAUGCACGAUUAUAUGCUAUCAAGGCAAGUGAUCAACAUUUUACCACUGCUAUGCACCUGCUCGACAGCUCACAACAUUUAGCAUUUUAAGUGGGGUGAACCACCAGUAACGGCUGUUAAUGUAAAGGAGUUGGAAAGCAUUUUGAACGUCAACAUUUUUUUAUUUACCUAACUUUUUGAGGAUAAUAACACUACUGGCUAUUCACUUUUCUCCAGGUGGUGAAGAAAGCAGACAUGCGUGACAAAAAUAUGGCAGAUCAGAUGAAGGCAGAGAGGGACGCAUUGGCCCUCAGCAAAAGUCCCUUUGUCGUGCACCUCUUCUACUGUCUCCAAACAGCAACAAAAGUGUAUUUGGUAUGUGGUCCCAAAAAAUACAAAUGACAACAGUGAGUGACGCAUGUCCCUGACCUGACUUUGGUAUAUUGCCUCUGUACAUGUUUAUCCAUAGGUGAUGGAAUACCUGAUUGGCGGGGACGUGAAAUCACUUCUUCACAUCUACGGCUAUUUUGAUGAGGACAUGUCAGUGAAAUACAUUUCAGAGGUGGCACGUGCUUUAGACUACCUCCAUCGCCAUGGAAUCACACACAGGUACUUUUAUGACUACCUAUCUUCAAUAUAUUUGUGUUUAUUUCACAUUUUAGUAUGAUUGAGUUUUGCAUUCUUUUAAAUCCUUUAGGGACCUGAAGCCGGACAAUAUGCUUGUUUCUAAUGAAGGCCACAUCAAGCUUACAGACUUUGGCCUCUCCAAAGUGAAGCUUGACAGAGGUAUGGGCACUGUAGCUUUCACUUAAUUAAUGCAUCCAUCUCCAUCCACUUGCAGGCUUUUGUUGUGUUUUACAUUUUAAUUCCUUUUCCUUUCCCUACCAGAAUUGAGUCUUGCAGAUAUCUUGACAACCCCAUCUUUGGCAAAGCCUAAACAAGAUUAUUUCCGCACCCCUGGUCAAGUCCUGUCUUUGAUCAGCUCUCUUGGACUUGUGAGUAAAGUUCCUUGUAUUUAAGUAUGUAUUCAUGGAGAAUACAUCAGUGAGGAUAAUACAUGUGAUAUGAUUGGUUUGUGCAGAUACAGUACAUUGUUUCCUGUUGCCAUUUUAAAAUAUGUAUUCUGUGCUCAUCUCAUCAAACACAGAACACACCAGCAGUGGAGGGCAAGCGGCACAGCAGCGGCUCGGCUGUGUUUAGCCCUAUGUCAUGUGGGAAAAUUGAACAGCGGAAAAACUCGCUCAGUUCGCCCUUGAGGAGACAGAAUGAAUACCUGCGUUCCCCUGUCUGUCAUAGCCGGACUUUGGGUAUGUCUCUUCACCCCGUGUUUCAGGUUUUCAUCUUUAUCCAUAGAGGGCAGACUGGUCAGAUCUGUAGUCAAACCUGUCCUGAGGAGAAAGUGGAUUCUGUUCCCUCAAACUGGUUCUAAUCAGACAUUUGUUUUGUUUUUUCAGGACCCAACAGCUGUGUGUUCAGCCCAUAUGCAUUGGCCAAGAGCCUGACUCCCAGGCUGCUCAAGUCCAGGAGGAGGUUUGACACCAUGAGCGCAGGUGGCAGCCAACCAUGCCUCUUCCCCUCCACCACUGACUCAGAGGGAGGUGUCAGCCCACUAUGGGAGCUGGAGCAGGUCAGAAACCAGUAGCAAAUAAACAUUUUGCAUUCAUUUGACUCAUAUAUCUGUAUUUGUGGGUCAUUGGUUAUUAGAAGAUAUGUAUGUUAUGAAUGUUUUCCCGUUUUUCUUUUCUAGAAGGAGAUUGAGAACUUGCCGUACCUAUAUGGUAGGAAUGCAAGCGGACAAAUGGGAGAAAAGGUGACCUCUGAUAUGCGGAUGCUGGGAUCGUUGGACAACUUGGAUCUACGUGGACAGCUCCACCGAGAACCCAGUACUGGAGAACUGUCCAGGAAGGCCAAACAGGAACCCCAUACUGGAAAGAGGCUUCAGUUUAACAAGAUGGAGCAGUCUGCCCCACCCAAGAAGCCUGAACACUCUCAACCAAUCAGAGGCAAUGUUUCUGGAGCUGAAAGUAUCUGUGCCACCGAAGGGAAACCAAUGGGACGCCAGCCUGUGGUAACCUCAGCUGUAAAGAGAGGGUUUGAGGAGGUGGAGAAAAGUCCUGAGCAGUUGGAAUCGCUUUCCAAGAAGAGAGACUCAGAGUACCAGAGGUGUUCUGGGGUCCCAGAAAUGGCUUUGAAGUAUCGCACUGGUCUGACUGGGGUGUUUGCCAAUGUUCAUUUGGAGGAGUUUGGAUCUGAGGGUCAAGGGACUGCUGAAGGACAGGUGCCCAAACGCUCCAGUCCCAUUGCUGUGACUAAAAACCUCCUGUGUGAGUUGGAUGACCUAGCAGAGGGGGUCUUUGUUGAGGGCAGGUCUUUUGGUGAAGACCACGAGCUGAGCAGGAACCUGAGCAUUGACUCUGAGGGGUCGGUUCAUGAAAUGUCCAUCAUCGUCAACAGCCCAACCCCAAAGAGGUCGACUCAAAGUGCCAAAGAAGGGCAUUUGGCAUUGUUAGAGCUAGACGACAGCGAAAUAUCACCCAGUACCCCACUGCCUCCUCAGCCACCCACCUUGGCUAGUAUAGGAACAGCAAAGCUGGGCAACGGGCUCACCCUGCAAGGAGGCGUAUCCAAACGCUCUUUCCUUGACAGAGUCCCCGAGCUGGACCCCAGCGUGGCCAAGUCACCCUCGUUCCUCAAGCCCAGGAACGUGGUGGCCUUCCGGAGCUACUGCAGCUCCAUCAACCGCUCCAACAUGUCGUGGAACUCACGCCUCAGCCUGGGCUCAGUGGAGGCCAUGGAUAUGGCCACCUCAGCCUCCUACCACAGUAUGCCUGCUGCCUUCACACCAGUCCAGAAGAGACCCAGCUCCAACAGCUCCCUCUAUCAGGUAGAUAUACAGAGUCGAGGGUCAGGGAUGGUGGCUACUGGGCUACAUUCAAAUGUAUGACCUGAAUAUAGCUUUUUUUCAGGGUACUUAUAUUACACGACACUGUUUUAUCGCAGUUAUUUAUUCAUUUGUUUCCUCACUUCAGACCCCACAGCCGAUGACAACAUCCCACACUCCAUUCAGGACCCCUAAGAGUGUCCGACGUGCUCCAGUGCCUGUGGAGGGUGUACCGAUUUUAGGCACCCCAGACUACCUAGCCCCAGAGCUACUAUUGGGGAAAGCACAUGGUAAGAGAUGACACAUAAAAACAUUUUUUUUUUGGUGGGGGUGGAUUUCAAAACAUUUCUUUAUGUGUGUUGGUAUAAUUGCUGUCAUCAUCUUCACAACUUUAUAUGCAGGUAUAAAUGCCUGUUGAGAAAUCAACAGUUCAGCCAUUUUAACAGGCAUUCUUUUUUAGUUUCAGGAUAUCAUAAUUGUGGUAAGUUGAUCGUAACCUUGCUAACUGCCAGGGAAAAUGCAUGUGCUCUCAGCUUCUCUGCAUUCACUGUCUAGUACCAGAGGAAAUGACUGCCUGAUUCAAAAUUACGUGGAUAGGUUGCAAAAUGCUGGUUCUGAUUCCCCAUUGUAAUUGCUGCUUCUGGCCCCUUGUAUUGGGUUGGUGUGGACCCGUGUUGUGAUUUAAAUUGAGGGAAAUACUAAUGGGAAGCCAAUUUUAGUGCAUGGUGUUGACGAUUCGAAAGAGAGUAAUUUAUAUUUGUCAGAGUGGAGGACUAACAUUGUUGACUGCCAGAUGGGCCUUAUUGUAAAGGCACAUUUCCAAGCUGAUAAUUUGUCAUGUUUCUAACGUUAAAACAUUGAUAUGGGUUUUGUCCUGGAAUAUGAUGUUUGGUGCCAAGGUGUGGAUCUAAUGUUCAAAAUAAUUAAUUGGAAAAAAUAUAUGUAUUGGUUUAGAUUGCAAUAAAUGGCAUUAUCUUACAAAUUGUGAACAAUUAUUCAGGACUUAGUAAUGUUAGCAAGCAAUACACAAGUUCAACAUCCCCCUCACAUCGUCCACAAUCAUUAAAUUGAGAAGUGUGUGGAUUUUACAAUUAUCCCAUAUUUUACAUGAAACAUUAAGCGUAAUGUUGUCUGAUUUGUCUAACUAAGUUCCUGCUUCCACCGCUGUAGAAUAGAGGCACAUCCUAACAGGAAAAUAGCACAGUGACACUACAGUACUGGUACCUAAGAUAAGUAUGUGACUGUCUGUAUCUGUUCCCCCCUCAGACUACAUGGUGGACUGGUGGGCCCUGGGUGUGUGUCUGUUUGAGUUCCUCACCGGUGUGCCCCCCUUCAAUGACGAAACCCCUCAGCUUGUCUUCCAGAAUAUUCUCAACAGAGGUAGAUAUCAGCAGCUGCCAUGGCUGUUUAUUGCAUCUGUUAUGUUAUCAGUGUGAGAUGAAGGCCUUUAUUGCUAAGUAAAAUCAUGCAUUUCAAAGUGUUCUUUAUCACCAAUAUUGUUUAUUUAGUUAUUUUUUUAUCUCAGAUAUCCCAUGGCCUGAUGGUGAUGAGGAGCUAUCCCACAAUUCCCGGAAUGCCAUAGAGAUCUUACUCACCAUGGACAUGAACAAACGGGCUGGACUCAAAGGUAAGGGUUUCUUUGCCCGAUUUUAAAGGCAGUUCAGUGUAACCAAACAGUAAUAAUACCAUUUAAUGGAUGCCAUUUAAAAUUGACCAUUUUGAUUGAUCAAUUUUGUUUGUUUGUUGCUACAACCAAAUUUGUUUUAAUUUCUGCAUCAGAACUGAGGAGCCACGCUCUCUUUGCGGGGUUGGACUGGGAUAACCUUCAGAACCAGACCAUGCCCUUCAUCCCCCAGCCGGAGGAUGAAACGGAC